AUGACGACUCGCGAUCGUCUGGCUUACAGAGCCGAUGAAACCAAGGAACACAACCUUUUGUCUGAACAGGAAAGGGAAAGGAUGCUCAAGUCCUAUCUCCCCAAACCUAACGACCCCCCAUCGACUGUUUCGGCAUCUCGACCUCAACGAAGAUCGCGGUUAGGACUCCGUCGCUUUCUCCUCAACCAAAUCCAUGUCCUCGUCUUUGUCGUUUUGCACGGGAUCUUCUCUCUCUACAUCAAGUUGCGCCAAACAUGGAACCUCGUGCGCUACCAGUUCUCCUCCGUCGUCAAAUAUCACCAUGGCACACCGCAAUAUAUUAAGAAGGACUUGAAGGGCCUAUCUAAGAAACCCAAGCACCUUAGUGUUAUCCUAAAGCUCGAGGAGAACCAUCGCACGAAGGCCGAUGUCGAGCGACUCCUUGAUGAGGUAGCCGAGAUUGCGACAUGGUGCGCUUGUGCCGAGAUUCCGAUGCUCUCUGUGUACGAGAAGACAGGAAUUCUCAAAAAGCAUAUGCCCCGAGUCUACGAUGCUGUUAGCCAAAAGUUUGCGUUCUACUUUGGCCCUGAACAUCCUGGCCUUACUGUUACAUCACCCCACAAGGAAGACCUUCCAGUGGCCUUUGGCAAGAAGCCUAGGGAACAUCUUCGCCUGCACCUCAUCUCCGAGCAAGACGGUCGUGAAUCCAUGGUUGACCUCACCCGUACCCUGGCUGAGAUGUCUCAGAGAGGCAAGCUCUCUCCUCGUGACAUCUCCACUGAGUUGAUCGAUGCUGAACUCUCCGAGGGUAUCAUGACUGAGCCUGAUCUGUUGCUUACUUUUGGCCCUUACCUCGAGCUAUCAGGAUACCCUCCUUGGCAGAUCAGAUUGACUGAGAUUUUCUGCCUCCAGGACAAUGAGAGGGUUGGCUACCAGGUCUUCCUCAAGGCCCUGCAACACUAUGGCAGGGCCCAGAUGCGCCUCGGUAAAUAG